AUGCCUGGAGGUGACAGCGGUCCAGAUGGGGAGGAGCCUAUGUUACAGUCAGCCACAGGAGGUGGUGGACAGGAAGAUUCCUUCAUGGUGGUUUUCUCACUGUCGAGCGGCCGCGUGCUCUACGCGUCGGAGCAGGCUCCCAGCAUCCUUUGCUGCAAGAGGAAGUUCUUGGAGUCGGCCAAGUUUGUGGAGUUGCUCUUCCACCAGGAUGUUAAUGUCUUCUACUUGCACACAGCUCAGCCUCAUCUGCCACCCUGGAGCAACUCACACACAGGUGUCGGGGUUCUGUUUGACUGUGCCCAGGUCAAGUCUUUCUUCUGCAGAAUCAGAGGCGGGAAGGACCGUGAGGGUGAGAUGCGUUACAACCCGUUUCGGGUAAAACCGUACCUGCUGACGGUGCAGGGAACGGGAAGCAGUGGGGAAGAGGAGGAGCCGUGCUGCCUGGCGCUGGCUGAACGCAUCAUCUCUGGAUAUGAGGCACCUCGGAUACCCAUUGACAAGCGCAUCUUCACUACCACACAUUCUGGCUGUGUGUUCCUGGAAGUAGAUGACAGAGCUGUGCCGUUGCUAGGAUACCUUCCCCAGGAUCUGAUCGGCACGUCGUUGCUGACUUGCAUUCACCCAGACGACCGCCCCCUCAUGCUGUCCAUGCACCGGAAGGUGUUGAAGUAUGCGGGCCAGUCUCCGCUCGAGCACUCUCCGGUGCGUCUGCGCUGUCAGAAUGGAGACCACAUCACCUUGGAUACCAGCUGGUCCAGCUUCAUCAACCCGUGGAGCCGCAAGGUGGCCUUCAUCAUCGGACGACACAAAGUCAGGACGAGUCCGCUGAAUGAGGAUGUGUUUGCUGCUCCGACUAAGGAGGAUGUCCCGGUCACCCAUGAGGAAAUUAAAGAUCUGCAAGCAAAGAUCUAUAAGCUUUUCCUGCAGCCAGUCCGUAACAAUGGUUCCAGUGGUUACGGCAGUUUGGGGAGUAACGGCUCUCAUGAGCACUACAUCAGCGUGGCUUCUUCGAGUGACAGCAAUGGUAACCUGUGGGAGGACUCGCAUCGGGAACCGAUGACUUUGCAGCAGAUCUGUGCUGAUGUGAAUCGGGUGAAGAGUUGGGGCCACCAGGCUUAUCUGGGUUACAACCACACAAUUGCUCUUCUUGGCAAACCAGCCACAGCACGUUUGCCCCCUGCAGUCUCCAACCCUGAAGUCAGCGACCAUGGAGAAGGCAGGAAGCAAACACACAUUCUCUCCUAUCAGCAGAUCAACUGUGUGGACAACAUCAUGAGAUAUUUGGAGAGCUGUACAGGCCCAGCCCUCAAGCGGAAGAGUGACUCUCAUUCCCUAGCCCCGUCCUCUUCCUCAUCCUCUACCUCAGAAGACGACAAGCCUGCUGAAGCCACUGACACCGCUCAGAUGGUAGAAACAUUGGUUUUGGACAGCGUGGCGUCAGUGGCAGUCAUUAGAGCGCCUCUGACAGACAUCACAAUGUCCACGAAGGCCAUGAGUGUAGUCUCUGUCACCAGCCAGUGCUCGUACAGCUGCACCAUCGUCCACGUGCCACAGGCUGAAUCAGAGGCCACAGCACUGGAGGACGCCCCGAUGGGCAGUGAGCCUGCCGAUGCUGCGCCUGGCCUAGUACGUCCCGCCCCGAGCCCCGCCACAGAGGAACCAAUGUUAAUCGAUCCUACCAAGGAGGUGCUGUCAGCUCACACCCAAAAGGAGGAACAAGAGUAUGUUGAUCGAUUCCUCCUGAGCCCAUACAGUUCCUAUCUGCAGCUUGACAACAGCUCCAUGGCUCACUCCCACCACCCAGGGACACUUCGGCACCUUCGAUCAAACUAAUUCUGCAGCCUGCUGGCCAUGCAACCACUCUAGGUGGAUCCGUUUCAGAAACAUGCCAACCAGGUCAGUGUGUCAUACAUACUCAGCGCAGCGCCUCAGACUUGUUCCUUUGUGCUCGUUUAUCGAGAGUGCAGAUUGUUUCACAUUUCUGAGGCUGCUGUGUUUAACACCGGUUACAGUUUGAAUGUCUGACCCGUCUCUGAUUG